AAGAAGUGUUCUGUUGUAUCCCGUAUUGUUCGUAAAUCAGCAAAAGCAUUUACGAUACCUUAUCGUAUGAUAACAAACAUACAAAUGAAGGAAAUUAAUGAAAAACAGGACCUUCAGGAGAUAGACGAACAGCAAGAGCUGCUAACUGGCCAUAAGCAGCCCAUAAGGUGUGAUAUUUGCGGACGAGAAUUCCUGAAAAACUGUAUGCUCCUGCAACAUAAACGGAGCCACACGGGAGAGCGACCGUUCGUGUGUGAGGUUUGUGGCAGCGGAUUCAUUACCAAGCAGAACCUCAAGCGGCACGUUCUGGCUCACGCGAACGAACGACCUUACGAGUGUGAUGUAUGCGGUAAGCGAUUCACGGCGACCGGUAACUUAGUCAUUCACAAACGCAUUCAUUCCGGUGAGCGGACUCAUAUCUGUGAAACGUGCGGUAAAGCUUUCAUCACACAACGUUGCCUCAACCAGCACAGGUUUGUGCACGGUGAAGAAAAACCGUACCAGUGUGAAAUCUGCGGUAUCGGGUGUAUUAAAGAAAGUCAGCUUGCGCGACACAAGUUAAUCCACGGUGGUGAAAGGCCUUACGGAUGUGACAUUUGCGGAAAGACGUACAUUCAAAGAUGUAAUCUCGAAAGCCACAAACGAACGCACACCGGUCAGUAUGCUUUCCAGUGUGAAGUUUGCAGCAAAGGAUUCCCAAGCGCCAGUCAUGUCGUUCAACACAGGCGCAUUCACACGGGUGAACGACCUUACCGGUGUGAAGUUUGCGGAAAAAGUUUCGUCCGAAAUUUUCAUCUUAAGCAGCACAUGCGAACGCACGCCCACAAUCGGUUGCCGCCUUUCGUGUGCAACGAUUCAAACUUGACCACCGGGAUAAAGACGGAAACCAUCGGAGAGCAGGCAAUUUGUGCUAUGGAUAAAAUCGAUAAAAUGCAGUUGCAAUCUACUUGCACUAGCAAUGAUCAAGUGGCAAACACGAUUGUAAAGGAUGAGCUCGAUAUUGAGGACUCCUGCAAUGUAAUAAAAUGUAAUACAGAUUCAGUGGAACCUCUGCAAGCUGUGAUACCCGAGUUUGCUUCACAUGGACAUUUUCUUGCCGAUUUCUCCUGUGACACUCAAACUGAUGGUAUUAAACAUCCUAAUCUCACCGGAAAUCCUGAAGACUUGCCGGACAAAGCUAUUCCGCUUAAAAACAAAAAAUCCUUCUGGUGUGAUGUGUGUGGCAGAGAAUUCGCCGAAAACAAAACCCUGCAAGAUCACCAACGCCUUCAUACCGGCGAACGGCCGUACCCGUGUGAAAUCUGUGGCAAAGCGUUCAUCAAUAUGAAAGGCUUACGAAGGCACAAAAUACUUCACACCGACGAACGUCCGUACAGGUGCGAAAUUUGUGGAAAAGGAUUCAUAGAAAGGCGUCCUUUCGAAAGCCACAUGCGAAUCCAUGCUGGCCAACGGUCGCACCGAUGUGAGAUAUGCGAUAAAGAAUAUUACUCAAUAGCCGGUCUGAAAAGGCAUAUGGAAAUUCACACAGGGGAACGGAUCUUCAGCUGUGAUAAAUGCGACAGUCAAUUUAUCGAGGCUAAAGAUCUACGAGAACAUAAACUUAGCCAUAUCGGUGAAUUAUCGCAUAAAUGUUCUACUUGUGGAAAAACAUUUUCGGAAAAAUAUCUUCUUAACAAGCAUGUAGCAAUUCACGGCGUUCAGCAACCAAAGGAAGAAGCCGAACGACCGCACCUUUGUAACAUAUGUGGAAAAUGUUUUCUUUCGCAUAGCAAUUUGGUACAGCACAAGCACAUUCACAGUGGCAAAAGGCAAUAUCAAUGCGAAAUAUGUGAGAAAAGUUUCACUAUCCGGCAGCACCUAGCAAAUCACAUGCGCACUCAUACGGGUGAACGCCCAUUUCAGUGCACUCGUUGCCCGAAAAGCUUCUGCACCCAAAGUAACCUGGUUCAACACGUCCGCAUCCACACCGGCGAAAGACCGUUCGGCUGUGAAAUCUGUGGCAAGGAGUUUAAAUCCAAGGAUCAUCUAAUUCGGCAUGAAAGCAUCCACACUGGAGAUCGCCCGUACAAGUGCGACAUGUGUGCUUACGGAUCGUCAAGGGUGUCGGAUUUGAAGCGUCAUCGACAGAGGCAUGACAUUAAGAGUGCCGAAGCCAUCGUGGAAAACUAAAAUACAUUUUUAUGACGGUAGUUUUGUACAAUUAACGUAGCGGACGGUAGAAAAGAGUAAUGAAACACAGGUGUUUAUAAGAUCCAAUAGAAUGGAACCAGGUGUUGAAACCAUUAAAGCAACGCUUUAGGAGUUGUGUACCGCAGAAGUUGUGUUUUAUCUAAGCUUGGGGACCCGCGGAUUGAACCAAGCUAUAAUUGGAGCCAAUUAUAACCGGAUUCGAACCCGCUCGUUCUCCCAGGCCCUGUCAAUUGCCGGUAGUGAUGAAGCUGUGAACCACACCAGACUGGACGAAAGGAAGACUCCACAACCCCUUUUUAUCAAGCCUG